AUGGGGAUUACUAUGAGGGAGAAUGGAAGAAGAAUUUGCAAGAUGGGCAAGGGAGGUAUACACGAAGAAAUGGCAAUGAGUAUAUCGGCUCGUGCUUGGGGGGAUUGUAAUCACGGUUAUGGGGUGAAGCAUUGGGGAUUACUACGAGGGAGAAUAGAAGAAGAAUUUGCAAGAUGGGCAAGGGAGGCAUCGUUGUUAUAUAGUGAUCGCAAUGGAAUGAGGCAAUUUCGGAGGAAUUCUUGUAGUCUUAGUGGGGAAGUGAAGAAGCAGGGACAGAGUAUAACAAAAGAGCAUAAGAAGCAUGCUUCCUUGUCCCUGGAUCUUAAACUCAGUGAUUUCGAUCCUAAAGAGAAGUUCUGGACUAGGUUUCCUCCUCAAGGUUCGAAAAUUACCCCGUCCCAUCAAUCCUUGGAGUUCCGGUGA